AUGACUUCCCCAGAGUCAGAGCCCAUAGCACAAGUGCUUUCCCUCUACAAAGUCCCUCAGAUCAGCCAUGGUUCUCAAGAUCCCAAGUUUUCUGACCACUUCCAUUUCCCAUCAUUCCUUCGCACCGUGCCUUCCAGCGGCCACCAGCCCUCUAUGCUCUGCCAGCUUCUGCAGCACUUCAACUGGACAUGGGUGGGUGUGGUGAGUUUUGGCAGUGAUGCUGCUCAGAUGGAGACCGUUUUGAAGAAGGAGUUGGGCCAGACAGGAGGCUGCCUUGCCCUGUCCAAAACAAUCCAUGACCCCUAUUCCCGGCUGGAGAUGAGUGCAGCUGCUAGGGACAUUGGGAACUCACUAGCAAGUGUUUUCGUGUGCCACUGCUACAACAUCCACUUCCAGCUGCUUGCCGGGGCUCUACAAGCACAAAACGUUACCGGUAAGACGUGGAUCUUGACAACGAGCCUUGCUGUGAUCCCAGAGAUGUUCACCAAGGAGGCGUUACAGCUCCUGAAUGGGAGCCUGGAUCUGAGGAUUCAUUCGGAUAAAAUCUCAGGUUUUGAUCAUUUCCUGACCACGCUUAGCCCUGCUGCUUAUCCCAACAGCCAUAUGGUGAAAGUGCUCUGGCAAAAUCUAUUUGACUGUGUUUGGCCAGGUUUAGAAAAAACUGAUGGAAAAAACACCCCCCGACUCUGCACUGGGGUAGAGCAGGUGGGUGCCAGCCACUUGCUCCUCUUCGAUCUAGAGAAUUCGGCUGCCACAUAUCAGGCCUAUCUUGCAGCCAGGGCCUUCAUCACAGCCUACCACAACAUGAUCUCCUGCAUAUGGGACAAAGGGCCCUUCACCCAUGGAAGGUGUGCCACAACAAAGGAUUUCCAGCCAUGGCAAGUGCCUCGUUCAAUCUGUUCAGAAAGCUGCCUGCCUGGAUAUAGGAAGCUGCCUUUGCAGGGGAAGCCACACUGCUGCUACAGCUGUCUGCAGUGCCCCCAGGGUCAGUUUGCCAGUGGAACAGACAGUGCCACCUGUUGGGAGUGCCUUCCAGGACAAUGGCCCAAUGAGCAGCAAGACAGAUGCAUCCCAACCAUCUUUGACUUCUUGUCCUACACGGAAGCUUUGGGUGUGGUGCUGGCAACCUGCAGUUCCCUGUUCUUCUUGCUCUCGCUGUCAGUCUUGGGUAUCUUCAUACAGCAUCACCACACCCCAGUUGUCAAGGCCAACAACCGCAAGCUCAGCUACCUCCUCUUGACCUCCCUGGCUCUCUGCUUCCUCUGCCCUCUCAUGUACCUUGGGCACCCAUCCCAGCUCACUUGUUCCUUCCGCCAGGCUGCCUUUGGCCUGGUCUUUGCCAUUUGCCUCUCUGCAACCCUGGCCAAGACGGUGACUGUGGUGAUGGCCUUUGGAGCUUCUAAGCCUGGCAGCUGCCUCCAGAAGUGGGUGGGUUACAAGCUCCCUGGCACUAUCACUCUGGGCUGCUCCCUUGUCCAAGCUGCUGUAUGUGUCUGCUGGAUAACAGUUUGCCCCCCGUUCCCAUCACAGAACCCACUACAUGGGGGGCCUCUCGUGACCCUGGAGUGUGACAAAGGCUCGGUUGAGUUUUUCUACACCAUGCUGGGGUACCUGGGCUUUCUAGCCACCAUCAGCUUAGGGGUGGCCUUCCCAGCCCGCCGGCUGCCAACAGCUUUCAACGAGGCCCAGCACAUUGCCAUCAGCAUGCUGGUCUUCACUUUCGUCUGGGUCUCCUUUGUGCCCUCCUAUCUCAGUGCCACAGGGAAGUACACGGUGGCCGUGGAGAUCUUCGCCAUCCUGGCUUCUGGAGCUGGUUUGCUGGCUUGCCUCUUCUUCCCCAAAUGCUACAUCAUUAUCUUGCACCCUAAGAAGAAUAACAGGGACCACCUGAUGGGCAGACAACUUCCACGCAAAGGAGACUUUGCUUAUGCUCCAUGA